ACCGGACUCCCCGGCUGGAGAUUGAACCCGUUUCAGGGGUCGCCUAUUGAAGACUCAGACCGGUCAUCGUGAUUUCUUUAGCACGCGGCAAGGAGGCCAGAAGGCCAUAUCUCCCCUCUCUGUAUUUCGUCUUCCUCCCCCUAUCAGAGGAGAAAGAGAAGGAAAGCAGCGGGGUGGGAGCGAUGAGCGGGCACGAUUCCAAGUACUUCUCUACCACCAAGAAAGGAGAGAUCCCCGAGCUCAAGGAGGAACUCAAUUCCCAGUACAAGGAUAAGAGGAAAGAUGCAGUGAAGAAGGUGAUAGCUGCAAUGACUGUUGGAAAAGAUGUUUCAUCAUUAUUCACAGAUGUUGUGAACUGCAUGCAAACGGAGAAUCUAGAGCUGAAAAAACUUGUCUAUUUAUAUCUCAUAAACUAUGCCAAGAGUCAACCUGAUCUGGCCAUACUUGCGGUGAAUACGUUUGUGAAGGAUUCACAAGAUCCAAAUCCGCUGAUUCGUGCUUUAGCUGUGAGGACAAUGGGUUGCAUCCGUGUUGACAAAAUCACAGAAUAUUUAUGUGAUCCCCUUCAGAGAUGCCUCAAGGAUGAUGAUCCUUAUGUCCGAAAGACAGCAGCUAUUUGUGUUGCUAAAUUAUAUGACAUAAAUGCCGAGCUGGUGGAAGAUAGGGGUUUCUUGGAGACUCUCAAGGAUCUGAUAUCAGACAAUAAUCCGAUGGUAGUGGCAAAUGCAGUCGCAGCACUUGCAGAGAUCAAUGAAAGUAGCAGUCAACCAAUCUUUGAGAUUACUAGUCAUACACUUUCAAAGCUUUUGACUGCCUUAAAUGAAUGCACUGAAUGGGGUCAAGUGUUCAUUUUGGAUGCUUUAUCAAGAUAUAAAGCAUCGGAUGCUCGUGAAGCUGAAAAUAUAGUAGAGAGAGUAACCCCACGUCUCCAACAUGCAAAUUGUGCAGUUGUGCUUUCUGCUGUCAAGAUGAUCCUUCAGCAGAUGGAACUUAUCACUAGUACUGAUGUAAUCCGAAAUCUGUGCAAAAAAAUGGCACCACCUCUGGUAACUCUUCUUUCUGCAGAACCCGAGAUCCAGUAUGUAGCGUUGCGCAACAUCAAUCUUAUUGUGCAGAAACGGCCCACAAUACUUGCACAUGAGAUUAAGGUUUUCUUUUGCAAAUAUAAUGAUCCGAUAUAUGUUAAGAUGGAGAAAUUAGAGAUUAUGAUAAAGCUUGCCUCAGACCGGAACGUAGACCAGGUUCUAUUGGAGUUUAAAGAAUAUGCUACAGAAGUAGAUGUAGACUUUGUCAGAAAGGCUGUGCGUGCGAUUGGUCGCUGUGCGAUCAAGUUAGAGAGAGCUGCUGAACGAUGCAUCAGUGUUUUGCUUGAGCUGAUAAAGAUAAAAGUUAAUUAUGUUGUGCAAGAGGCUAUAAUUGUCAUAAAGGAUAUCUUCAGGCGUUAUCCUAACACCUAUGAGUCUAUCAUUGCCACAUUGUGUGAAAGUCUAGACACUUUAGAUGAGCCAGAGGCUAAGGCAUCAAUGAUAUGGAUAAUUGGUGAAUAUGCUGAAAGAAUUGACAAUGCUGAUGAGCUCCUUGAGAGCUUUCUUGAGACUUUCCCAGAAGAACCUGCACUAGUGCAACUGCAACUGCUCACUGCAACUGUUAAAUUGUUCCUUAAGAAACCAACUGAAGGCCCGCAGCAGAUGAUUCAGGCUGUUCUAAAUAAUGCCACGAUGGAAACAGACAAUCCUGAUUUGCGAGAUCGUGCAUACAUUUAUUGGCGUCUUCUUUCCACUGAUCCUGAGGCUGCUAAGGAUGUUGUUUUAGCUGAAAAACCAGUAAUAAGUGAUGACUCAAACCAGCUUGAUUCUUCACUGCUUGAUGAGCUUCUUGCGAACAUUGCUACACUUUCUUCUGUUUAUCAUAAGAUACCUGAUGCUUUUGUAAGCCGUGCAAAGUCAGCUACACCGAGACCAGAUGAAGAUGAUUAUGCUGAUGGUGGUGAAACGAGGUAUUCUGAGUCACCUUCUAAUGCAGUUGAUAGUGCAGCUGCUCCCGCUAGUCAGGCUACCGUGUCACAUGCUCAAACAACGCAACAGGCACCAGCAACAACCGCAGUCUCUGCACCUUCUCCACCUGUGCCAGAUCUACUUGGAGAUUUGAUGGGUCUUGACAAUGCUAUUGUUCCUGUAGACCAGCCAACAACACCUUCAGAAGCUCCGUUGCCUGUAUUGCUGCCUUCAUCAACUGGUCAAGGUCUACAGAUAAGUGCACAGCUUAUACGCCGUGAUGGCCAGAUAUUUUAUGCAUUACUGUUUGAGAACAAUACACAACUUGUACUUGAUGGAUUCAUGAUACAGUUCAACAAGAAUACAUUUGGUCUUGCAGCUGCGGGACCUUUGCAGGUCCCAGCACUGCAACCAGGAGCUUCAGCAAGGACACUUCUUCCUAUGGUUUUAUUCCAGAAUGUUUCACCUGGACCUCCAAGCACACUCUUGCAGGUUGCAGUAAAAAAUAAUCAGCAGCCAGUCUGGUACUUCAAUGACAAAAUAUCAUUGCACGUUUUCUUUGAUGAAGAUGGUAGAAUGGAACGUGCAAAUUUUCUGGAGACAUGGAAAUCCCUGGCAGACUCGAACGAAGUUGGGAAGGACUUGUCGAACUCCAUCAUCGGUGGCGUUGAUGCUACCAUUGAGCAUCUGACUGCAUCCAAUGUGUUCUUUGUAGCAAAGCGAAGGAAUGCAAACAAAGAGCUACUUUAUUUGUCUGCCAAACUCCCUAGAGGUAUUCCUAUCCUGAUAGAGCUCACGGCUGUUGUUGGUGUUCCAGGCGUAAAAUGUGCAGUAAAGACACCGAGCCCUGAGAUGGCACCACUCUUGUUCGAAGCCAUGGAGGCUUUAUUGAAGUAAGAUUUGUGCUUCAUUCAUUAGUUUGGUAAAAUUUAGCAGUCUGGUGUUAUUGUGAGAGUGGGUAUUUAUCAUUACAAAAAAGUUUUUUUUUUUUUUAUUAUUAUCCCAAAUUUUAUACAAUUUGUGUUGAGCAUUUGAUGUUGCUGUUUUAGUUAGAUACUUUUCAUACUAUUCUUCGAUAUCAAGUAAAUGAGGGUGAUUUAGCA